AUGGGCUCUUCGUCCAAGUAUGACCGCCGCGACCGUAGCACCUCCCGGACUCGCACAUCUCGUCGCGACGACCGCGACCGAGACGACAGGAGGUCGUCGCGUCGUGACGACCGCGACAGGGAUCGCGACAAAGACAGCGACAGGAGGAGGCGUUCGAAAUCUAGGUCGAGGACGGACGACUACGGGGAUGACGAUUAUGGGGACAGUGGGCGAUCGCCGAAGAAGGAUUCCUCGCGCUCGACUCGGAAGAACCGCGAUGCCGACUCGUAUGACGAUGCAGGCGGGUACGACGACUACGGCUCGUCGACGAAGAGCUCGAGGAACGAUGGCUACGGUGACGACGGGGGAGGGCGGCAGAAGGGUUCGUCCAGGUCGACCGCAACACCUGCGCCGUCCGACUCCGGCUACGGUGGCGGGUGGGACGAUCAGUCACAAGCUCCCUCGUCGCGAGGCGGUCGACAGCAGGACAACCGUUGGAACGGCAACUCUGGCGCGUCGCAGGCGGGCUACUCGCAAGCUCCGCCGUCGAACUACGGCGGUGCACCUCCUUCGACUUACGGAAGCGCCCCGCCGUCGAAUUACGGAAACGCACCGCCCUCGAGCUAUGGUGCACCGACGCCCUAUCCACCGUCGAACUACCCUCCUUCUGCUGCUUCUCAGGCACCUCAGCCAGGCUACGGUCCGCCGCUUAGCGCGCCGCAUCCGCCCAGCAGCUACGGUCAGCCACCCAGUUCCGCCCCUUACGCUUCUACGCCCGGCUACUACGGUCAAGCACCGCCAGUCCCGCCGCCGGGAUUAGCAGCUCCGCCUCAGCAAUGGUCGCAACCUCCUCAGCAGCCGCAGUCGAUGGCGACGCAGCAGCCUUCGGGGCCAGGAUGGCCGGCUCAACCGCCUUCCGCUCCACCGACUGGGUAUCCCCCUUCUUACCCUUCGUCGUCUGCUCCGCCGCAAAGCGACCACUAUCAGCAGCAGGAUCCUAUCUCACGCUCGUAUGCUCCAACACCCGCACCAGGUCGCGACGCCGCGAACUAUCCUCCUUACCCAGGUCCCCCUCCCCCUCCUCCUUCAUCGUACGAACAGAACCUUCGUCCGCCGUACCCCGCUCCGCCUGCGCCCGUCACGUCUCCUCCGCCGCCUCAGCAGCCCAAUGCUCCACCGAGCCAAGGCUGGCCGCCGCAGAACGCGCAGGCACCCUCGACGCAACCCGCUUAUCCGUACGGUAAUCUUCAUCCGCCGCCUUCGAGCUCUCCUUACGGUCAGCCGAGCGCGUACGGCGCUCCUUCGCCGCAGCUCGCGCCACCACAGCCUGCGCCGCCUCAGCCGUCUCCGCCUGCGCCGGCCGUCCAGCCCGCGCCUCAGACAGCUUCGCCGACGCCGUCCGCCCCUUCGCAAGGUGCGCUGGGGCGUUGGGUACCAGGUCAAGACGGGCAGUGGGUCUGGCAGAUCACAGAGCCGAAUGCAGCGCCUUCCGCUCGGCCCACCGCAUCUCCGCCGUCUGUUCCGUCUCAGCCCGCACCUAACGCUUUUCAAGCCUAUCCCGCUCCGCCGAAUCAGCCGACAGCGCCUCCUUAUCCGCCAUCUGCGCCUUACGGCAGUGCGCCUCCCGUUGCAGGUCAAGCCUCGACGCCCAGCGCGCCUCCCUAUCCAGUCGCGCCACCCCCGCCUCCGCCUUCCCAGCCUUCUUACCAAGGCUACCAAGCUCCAUACCAGCCGGCACCGACGCCGUCAGUCCCGCCUACCCAGCCUCAGCCGCCUUACCCCGUCUCAAACUCGUAUUUCCCGCCUGCUCCGUCCUCAUCGUUCGGCGGCUACGACUCGUCUCGUCCCGCUCCGCCGCCACUGAACGCCUCACAAGCACCUCCGCGGCCUUCUGCUCCUUCAGCUUACUCGGACGAGACCGUCUCGCCCGACGACUAUACCUCUCGCCGUCCGCCUUCAAGGGCUGCGUCGACGCGCUCGAAGAGCUACAGGGACAGGCCGCAAACACCUUCGGACGAUGAAGAUGAUCAACAGGAUUACGAUGAUGCGGACGACGGAGGACGAGGCGGCGGACGGAGUUCUCGGCGCUCGAGAAAAGACAGCUACGCGAGCGAUCGCAGCGACAGGCGGGACUCGUAUGGCGGUCGCGGCAGUGGCGGAGGAGGCGCGCGAGGUCGUCAAGACCGCUCGGAGAGGUCCAGCAGAGGAGACGGUCGUGGAAGGGACAGGUCGGAGUCGAGGACUAGGUCGACGAGUAGGGGAAGGGGCGGAAGCGGCACGAUGUACGAGAUGCGCUCGAUUCCGAAGGGCGGCGCGAGGAGGAACAGUGCUGGAGAAGCGCAGAAGAGACAGGAGAUGGCCGCUCGAAUCGCUCGCGAAGAAGCCGAGAUCCUCGAACAACGCUUCAAGUCGGCCAAGGCAGCGCGAAAGAGCGUCUACGUCGAGCGUGAGCAGGAAGACGAGUCUUGGGAGAGAGUCGAGAAGCCGAGGAGGAUGAGCGUCGGUGACAGGUUCCGGCAGAACCACCUUGAAUCCGAGCCGACUGAAGACUACGACGAUUGGGCUCGCCGACCUCGCUCGAACCCGACGCCUCCAUCCUUCGCGCCUCCUCCGCCACCAAAGCCGCCGAAGCCUCUUCUCCCGCCCUCGAAGGCGUCGCGCAUCGCCGCCUGGUCAGCGAGCGUUCCGGCAUCUGAGACGUCCGAACUCUCGCUCGACGACGACCGGGAAGACGAGCCUGCGCCGCUCCGAUCGGCGAUGAAAGGCAGUCGCGCGAGAAGCGGAACGCCAGUGUCAUCGAUUAAGGGGCAGAGGAAGGGCGCGGUGGACGAUCUCGAUGGCGUUGUUGAGGAGUUUGAUCCAUUCCAGGCGGUGACGACGGCUCAGAGUGCGGCGCAGAUGUACGGGAGCUGGCAUCCCGCUCGGAACAAGUAG